CCGCCCGGGGGCCCGCCCCUCCAUCCCCGGGACUGCGCCCGCGUCCUCCGCCCGGGCUCGGGGGCCGCGCUCCCCGCCGGGGACCCCGCCCGGUCUCCCCGCAGAUGCGCCCUCCCCUGCCGCCGCACCUUCUCGGCGGCCCGCAGCCUCCCAUCCGUGCUGGGCGCCAGGCUGCCCUUCCCAGCCCGGCGCCCCGCGGCUUCCCCGCCUCCCUUGCUGGGGGGAGGGCGGGGGGGCGCUUCAGGCUGGCUGCUCCGGAGCGGGGCGAAGCCCGAGCCCGCCCCCGCUCCCGGCCGCUUCCCGGGCGGCUCAUGCGCUGCAGCCGCCCCAGAGGGGCCCGGGACUCGGCGCCGGCCCCGCGAGGGGGGACAAAGCUCCCUGGCGAGCUCCUGGGGGGGAGCUGGCGGCGGGCGCCUCUUCCCGCCCUCCCCGGGAGGACCGGGGCCGAGCCGCAGGCCCGGCCGGCGCAGCCCCGCCGCGCUUCGGGGAGCAACAGGCAGGUUGAAGAAGUCAAAGACCACCCCUCCAGAGCCCUCCCCUACAUCUCAGCAGUACCAUUGGUGAAAAGCAAGAUAGCGGUGGUCCUUUUCUCCUAAGGAAAACCAAUACUUGCCCCUUCCCAAAGGGCAAGGUGCUCUUUGCUAUGGAUACCGAAUCUACAUACUCUGGAUAUUCUUACUAUUCAAGUCACUCCAAGAAAUCUCAUAGACAGGGGGAGAGAAAUAGGGAGAGACACAAAUCCUCCCGAAGUAAAGAUGGAAGCCGUUCUGAAAAAUCUGUCACCAUUCAGGCUCCUCCAGCAGAACCACUGUUGGGCAAUGAUUCCACUCGCGCGGAGGAAGUACAGGAUGACAACUGGGGAGAGACCACCACGGCCAUCACGGGCACCUCUGAGCACAGCAUCUCCCAGGAGGACAUCGCGAGGAUCAGCAAGGACAUGGAGGACAGCGUCGGACUGGACUGCAAGCGCUACCUCGGCCUGACUGUGGCGGCAGUCUUGGGCCUGCUGGUUUUCCUCACCCCCAUUGCCUUCAUUCUCUUGCCCCCCAUUCUCUGGCGGGAUGAGCUGGAGCCAUGUGGCACAAUAUGCGAGGGACUCUUCAUCUCAGUGGCGUUUAAACUCCUUAUCCUUCUCAUUGGGACCUGGGCCCUCUUCUUCCGUCGUCAGACAGUGGAAAUGCCCCGGAUCUUUGUAUUCCGGGCCCUCUUACUGGUCCUUAUUUUUCUGUUUGUGGUUUCUUAUUGGCUUUUCUAUGGCGUGCGCAUCCUGGACUCUCGGGACCGAAAUUACCAGGGCAUUGUGCAAUAUGCAGUGUCUCUUGUGGACGCUCUUCUUUUCAUCCAUUAUCUAGCAAUUGUGUUGCUAGAGCUUCGGCAGCUCCAGCCCAUGUUCACUCUGAAAGUGGUCCGGUCAACCGACGGCGAGUCACGCUUUUACAGUUUGGGAAAUUUGAGCAUACAACGAGCAGCAUUGGUAGUUCUGGAAAAUUACUACAAAGAUUUCACCAUCUAUAACCCAACCCUCUUAACAGCCUCCAAGUCCCGAGCAGCUAAGCACAUGGCUGGCCUAAAAGUCUACAAUGUAGAUGCUGCCCUUAUGGCCAAACUGAAACUUUAUAUAACGGAUGGCCCAGGGAACAAUGCUACAGGCCAAUCUCGGGCUAUGAUAGCAGCUGCUGCUCGACGCAGAGACUCCAGCCACAAUGAAUUAUAUUAUGAAGAAGCAGAACAUGAACGUCGAGUAAAGAAACGAAGAGCCAGGCUGGUGGUCGCAGUGGAGGAAGCUUUCGUCCACAUCCGCCGGCUCCAGGCAGAGGAGCAGCAGAAGGUCCCUGGUGAGGUGAUGGACCCCAGAGAGGCGGCCCAGGCCAUCUUCCCAUCCAUGGCCAGGGCUCUACAGAAGUACUUGCGUACCACGCGGCAGCAGCACUAUCACACCAUGGAGAGCAUCCUGCAGCACCUGGCCUUCUGCAUCACCAACAACAUGACCCCCAAGGCAUUCCUAGAGCGUUACCUCAAUGCCGGCCCAACCCUGCAGUAUGACAAGGAUCGAUGGUUCUCUAAGCAGUGGACACUUGUUAGUGAAGAAGCUGUCACAAACGGACUAAGGGAUGGAGCUGUUUUUGUACUUAAGUGCUUGGACUUCAGCCUUGUAAUUAAUGUGAAGAAAAUCCCAUUCAUCGUGCUUUCUGAAGAAUUCAUAGACCCCAAAUCUCAUAAAUUUGUUCUUCGCUUACAAUCUGAGACAUCAGUUUAAAGGUUUUAUAUUUGUUGCUUUAAAAAAUAUAUAUAUUAUAUUGUGGGAUUUUUCUCUGGUUUUGGUUUCUCUGAUGCUGACUGAAACUGGCAGAUGACAGACCAGUAUUCUUUGACCAUCUGCACUUUAUUUGGAAGAAGUGAGGGGACACUUGUCCUGAAGAAAGACAACAAGAGACAUGCUCCGGUGGCUGACCGUCCUACAAAAGCCUUCUCUCUUUUUUUUUUUUUUUUUUUUUUUGCCAGAGUCUUAUAGAUAGCUGUAAACCAAAUUGAAGUUGGCAUGUUCAUGGGAACCUUGCCUUAUAACAGCUGGUCCUCUGUCUCAGUGUCAUUAAAUCCCACCUCCCCCAUCCUCCACUCUGUGCCCUGGGUUUCCUUCAUGUUCCCACAGGUUCCUACAGAAAUGCCCAUCUUCGAAGUAACUCUCCUGGUGUAUCCCCACAGGGUAGGUCUAGAGUUCACCCUUGGAACAAAGGGAUCCUGACUGGCCCAGGUUGGUCUGCCUGGCCCACUUCCUCAUGGUAGGCCAUGGGCCAUUACACAAAAUGCCUUUCUUUUUUUCAUCUUUGCUGCCUUCCGGUCCUUCAGAGAAGUCACAGUGAAUAAGUGCACUAUCGAAUUGUGGCUCUUUCCUCACUCCUGUUCCUUACUCCCCAAAGAUAACUACUUUGCUCUGUUUGUCUUACUUUAACCCUGCUUCCGUCUUGCCUGGGAGCACCUUUUGGUCUGUGGUGGUGGUUACUGGCUCUUCUCCUUAGAGUUGGGAGGAUUAAAUAGGGUAAAACCCCAGGUUCUCUGACCCCUCUUUACUUGAAACCAUUCAUAAUAGCUACUUAGAUGUUCACAUAAAUCUCCCUGCCCUUCGUCCUGCAUCCUUACUCACCUCCGAGAUAGGCCAUCACCAGGGGAGAAUUCCAUUCUGAUUCAACGAGAGAUUAUGAAACUCCUAUUAGUGACAUAAACUACUAGCUGUGGUUUCAAGAUGGGAAGGUAUGAUUGAGUGUCAUCCAGGUUGGGAUGGAGAGGGUGAGAGAAAUAAAGAGGGGGAAAAGAAAAGAGAGAGAAUUAGAGAAUGAGAAUAUAAAUAUACAAGACUUCCUCCAAGGUUGCCCUGCUAACAAAGAUCAAACCAUAUCUUGCUGUAAUGGCAGCUAAUUACAUCCAAUUCCGCUUUAUUUUCUGACCAUCUUCACUGUGUGACUUUUUGCCUCCAGUCACUACAAGGAAGAAAGGAAGAUAUUUUGGUACCUGUUGUGGUCUUUUAAGUUAUUUCUGUGGUGGAAUGGAGUGGCAACAGGUAGGAGAGAGAGCAGUUAGGUGAAUCAGAAUUAGUUUGCUUACAUGUAGCUUGUUUUCAGGGGUUUCCUUACCCAGUUAUAUAACUGGAGGAGCUGUCUUAUGGCUAAUCAUCAACUUUGGUGCUGAAACAAACCAGAACCUGUCAAGGCACUGCUGGGAGUGCAAAGUUUUUAGCACUGUGUCUCAGACAGGGCCAUCUUGAAGCAGGAGCAUCUUAUGCCUUCAGCUUCUAUGUUCCCACCACAGAUAUUUGCAAUUUUAUUUUAAAGUAUUCAGUAUUGUUUUCCAGCCAGGUCUUUCAAGUCCUCUGUUACAUUGCCUAAAAUGAUUUCAGCAUCCAGUGUGCAUUAAUUUUAAGAACAAUUUUGUAUGUUUUUAUGAUUGUUUGGUAUUUUAUGAAUCGUUUUAAAAAAUCUUUGGAGGUUAUCAUGAUACCUGUUACUAUCAGACUACAUUCUUGGGUUGGUAGUGUUCUAAUUCUGCAGUGAAAUGGAUAAUAGAAAAGGGAGAAUCUUUGACUUUAUUCAGUGUCAGAAUUUACCAUUCAAUUCCUAAGACAUCCCCCGUCUGGCUUUCGUUGGAGAUACAUAUCACUUACCCCAUGAUGCUGCUUUCCUUUGGGAUUUUGCCCUCAAAACUGGAAGUUGCUUAAAAUGCUCAGGCACCUUCUCAGGAAAUAUAUUUUGUAGUGUGAGAAUGGGAUCUUAGUCAAGUGCAGGAUAGAUCGGCAGCUGCUGGAUAAUAAAUAUGUUUGCUUUUAAAGGGCAUAGAAUCCCAUGCCUUUUAAGGGGAUGCUGGCAAGACAAAAGUUCUGGUCCUUAAAAAGAAUUCCUUUUUGAUAUUAAUCAGCCUUUUCAGAGCUAACCUGGAAGAAGCUAAAUUGAGCUUUCUUUCUGCCCACUAUUAGUGCAGUUUCUUCUUUGAAUUUCUCCAGCCUUAAGACAGUGAUAGGGGAGUUUAUUUUCAUUCUCUUUAAAAGCUUUGACUAUCAUUUGUGCAUUCCCAGCACUAUUGGGAAAGACUGAAACUGAGAAACUCAUUUUCCCCUUGAACUCAGACCAUAUAUAGAAACUUAUUUGGUUUUCUAAAGAAAACCAAAAUCAGUUUUUAAAAAUUAGAACUUGGGUUUUUAGGGCUAACUUGGAUUGAGUUUCUUAUAGAUCUGAUAAAGUUAAGUCCUUUUGCACUAUAUUUGAUACUAUAUUUGUAUCUCUUAAGAUUUAGAGAAUAAAUGUGAUAAAACCCAUUGGCAUAUGGUACUCCAAAGCAACUUGCUGAAACAAUACAGCUGUUAAGAAUUUUCUCAUUGAAUCCUUCUGACAGGUCCUAUGACAAAUUAAAGGUAAAAGAAAAAAAAGACGCUACUGGGGAAUAUACAUAUACAUAUAUAUGUAUAUAUUACAUAUAUAUAUAUAUAUUCACAUAUAAAUCUCAAAGAUAAAGGAUCUGUGUAGUUAACUAAAAGAGGCUUCAGAUUGCCUUUACAUGCCAUUUUUACUUUCUGUUGUACCCACUAACUGUAACAUUCAAGUUUACAAAGUACACAUGCACAGACUGCUCCCAGACUUUAUAAAGACUAUGUUGUCUGAUUUUUCUUCCCUGGGGAUUUGUUAAGGGAGAACUUAAAAUCAAAUGUGUCUUUCAUAUACAGGUCAAAAGAUAUGGCAUACUUCUUAAGUGCCAGCUCUUUUGAGUGUUUCCAAUUCUCUUGUGUCUUUAGUAUUAUCUUAAGCACCCAAGCUUUUAUUUGCCCCUUGAAAAGUUGAAGGACUGAGCUCAAGAGAAAUGGAAUCUAAGAACUAGAAGGAGCUAUAAAGACUAUGUAGUCCAUUCUCCUAAUUCUAUGAAGAGAGACCCAGAAUAGUGACGAAACUUAGCCAAUAUCACAGGGGAUAAUCAGUGGGAAAGUUGAGAUUAGCUUCAAUUUAUUUUAUUUUCCCCCAACUACAUGUUAAAACUUUUUUUUUUUUUUUAACAUUUGGGUCUUUUUAAAAAAAAGUUUUGUGUUCCAAAUUCUAUCAAUACCUCAAGUGAUCUCCCAACUCCUGUUGCCAACCUAAUAAUCUAUUCUCUCUCAUUUUCUCCAACCUGUAUAUAAGCCAAAUCUGUUUAUAAUAUAUGGCAAAAUGUCUCACAUUAUUUGGUGUGACUCAGAUUUUGUUGUGUCAAGACUAUUGGCUUAUGUUUGAGAAUCCUUUUUAUUAUAUAGAGAUUUGGGCUGUGAUGGUAUUUUUUAUUACAUGAUUGGGCCUUUAUCUGUAUAUUCUCUCACAAAAGGGAAGCAUACUCAUUUCUGUCUCCCCACGAUUUCUGUGUCUAUCUCCACAUCAUUUUUGUCUUGGUCUGCAAAUUGAUUACCAUACAUCUACCUUGCAGCUAUGGACUAAAUGAAUUUCUUAGCCACUUGGGGCUGGAUAAAAGGGUCCCUUUUGACACAAAAUUGUAGCCCAGGGAGAAUAGAAGAUAGGUUUCCAUAAUAGAAAGAGUCCGUCUGUGUUUAAACAUCUGCAUCCAUUAGUGUGCUUCUGUUCCUGUCUGUGAUUUUAAUGUAUAUGUGAAAGAGAGCACAAAUUUGUUAUAUCUAUGGGAUAUAGGUGAGAAUCUGUGUAAGAAUGCAUGGAUCCAUGUUUGUAUCCCCAGUUAUGUGUUUGUAUACCAUCUCUUGGUGGUUCUCCAACUAGAUUUUGAGAGAUACAAGCCAUUCAAUGAUUUUGUUUUUAAAAUAAUGUUUCCCCACCCUCCUACUACUAAUUUCUUUCCCACGCUUCCAUUUCUAUUUUCUAAUCUCUGAAGCCAAGUCACAUUGAUUUCUCCCAAUAAUAACAAUGUGAGAUAGGAAUCUACUCCCUUAAAACAAACUUGGAGCCAAUAAAAUUAGCUGCAUGUAGAACAUUUCUGUAUUUCAAGACCCCUACCAAAGUCAGUGAAAUAUGAGAGACCAAAUCCCAGUGUAACAGUUACUAUUGUUGUAGAACACUCGCUACGUUGGAGCCUUCUAGGAACACUACCUAUCCUCCCAUAAAACACGAGUCCUAAAUUAUUUACUAUUGGAAGUACCAGGGAAAUGUCACACUUUGUAACUUAUAACAGAGCCCUGCAUGAAAAUUACAGAGUGAGGUUGGGGUCCAUAGUUCCAACAAUUUGAGGGCUUGGAAAGAGGGAAGCAUUAACCUCAAGGUCCCAGCUUGUUGCUUGAAGUUAAUGUCAAAGGUUUGGUUUGGUCUUAAUGACCUGAAGGUGGGAGCUACAGAUCUGAGCUCUCCUUGGAAGACUUUCUAAAUGCUCUUGACCCACAGUGAAUUUGGGGCUGUGCUCUCCCACCUAACAGCAAUGAUUCCCCACUACCUCCUUCCUCUUGGAUUGGAAGACUAUCUCUCUAGGUUCAGCCUCGUGCCUUUCUGUAUCCCAGGCCACUUCUGGGCCCAGCUCUGCUGGUAUUCUUCUCCCUAUGUCCUAGAGGUGGAGAAAUGAUCACAGGGAAUUGAACUGGCCUGGCUGAGUGCCUGGGAAGUGCAGGAAUAUCCACUCUGCCUUGUGCAUCACCUAUAAACCAUAGACCAUACUGUAAAUGUGAAUAGGUAUCUGGAGCUGAAAGGGAUCUUAGGGUUUAUGUUCAACCCUUUUGAUUUUAUAGUGAAGGAAAUUGGGACAUAGAAAGGUCAUUUCCUCCCUAUCACAUAACUAGUCAUUUCUGAAGUAGGGUUUGAAUUCAGAUCUUCCUGGCUUCAAGUCCUGUAGUCUGUCCACUUAGUCCUGCUACCUCUUAUUUCUUCUGAGUAGUUCAAAGGUAUUAAAUGAUAAUUGUUGAGAGAACAGAGAGGAAGUCAGAAUGAAAGAUUUGUAAUUCUUGGAAAUAAUUUUUCUCUUUACCCAUUUUGUCAAAGGAUUGCUUUGAGGUUUUCCUGUUUCCCCUUCUUCCCACUGCUGCAUCACUGGUUUGAUCCAACCAGAAAAUGGGGCCAAACUCAAAUCUGUGAGCUCUGCUAUUCUGUGGCAGGGGUGCUGUAGUUUAUUGUUGUUUGUGUGUUUUUAUUUUUAUUAUUAUUAUUAUUUUAAUGAGGGAGGAGUUUAAAACUACUGGAAAAAUGGGAUUUGUGGAACGUGCAAACUUUUUUUUUUCCUAUUAUUGACCUUUUUUCCUACCACCGUAUCCCAAAUCCCAAUCUUUUGAAUUUGUGAUCACUUGCCUACCAGAUAAAUCCUUUUAAUAGGGUCAAGUUCUAAGACCUCCAAAUUUUCUAAAUCCCUCCCCCGCCCCCCAAUUUGGGAUACAUGAGUUAACUGGCUCUCACAGAAUUGCUUGGUAAGUGAAUGAAUUAAUAAUAAUUAAGAAUCUGUGGUUGGACUAAAGUUACCCUUGUAAAAAAUUCAAGGAACUUCACUCAUGUUCCAUUCCUUAGUCCAUUCUUUUGCCAAGCAGCCCUUAGAAGAGCAAGAAGCUUUUAUCUUGAGUACUGGAGAAAAAAUGAGAGCAGCCUCCAAAGUUCUCCCUUCAGAGGGCCUUUCUUCCUUCUGGAGAAAUGUCUGUGUGAAAAAGAAAUGAAUGUAUAACUGUCUUUGGUCUUGUGUGUAUGAAUGUGUGUUUAUUUCUUCAUUCUUACAAUUGAUCAGGCUCUGUUAAAAAUAACAGCCUAUCAAAGCUUCCAUUCUAAGGUGGGGGUGGAGGGGCUGUUGUGACUCAGGGAAUUGAUAAUGGGGGCUCAGGACAUUUCCCCCACGGGUGGCGCAUUUUAGUUGAGUGAAAACUGGCCCAGAAUUCCAGCUGUUCCAGUAAUCACUCCAGGAACCCACAUGAAAAAGACUUGGUGGCCCCAUUUCAAUUCUAGCAGUUUUUAGUCAGAAAACAAUGAGCUUUGAACAUGCAUCCUUGCUUGGUCCCCUGUGAAAAUCUGAAAUGGAAAGUUGCUAACCCAACACUUAUCUCAUGGAUGUAGUCACCGUCGUCACCCCCAGCCAUGACUCCAUGAGACGCGGAUACCGGGGUCCUCCCCAUAGUGCUGGAGGGAUUCCUUCAGACCUCUCAGCAUCUUGUGGGUCCCAGUGUAGAGCACUCAGGCUGGGCUCGAGAGGCUGACCACUGGCGAUAAAAUCUUACUAUGGCAACCCAUAGGGUCUGAGACCAUUCUUUGCCAAGGACCUUUGGGAGGUGGGAUGGGGGACAAGAAAGAGUUUAUUCAGUUUAUAAGAUGAUUCACUGUGUAUGCUUAAAAAGAAAUGUCCACUAGUGCAUUUGAAGUAAAAUUUCAUUUUUGCUCAAUUUUUUUGUGUGCGCACACCUGGGCAAGAAAAGCACAAUUACACUUGGAGUUGGUGUCUGUCCAUUGUUCUCGAAGAAGACGUGACAUUGAAGAGAUGAUUCCAUGACGCACAAGUAAAUUGGAUUUAAGUGAGGGAGGGCUGUGCAAAGUCAACUGCCUCAGGGCUGUGGUCAGUGUCCCUCUCACACAUGUGUUCCUUACAUUUGGAGUAGAGAGGAGGGAGAAUGCAGAAGAAAUAGGUGAUCUUCACAGUUUGUAACUAAGAGCGACUACAUUGCACUUGGUCUCUUGCUAGCCACCUGCACCCAGGAGCCAGAAUGAGCUUGGUCAUACCUGACUAGAGCCAGGGCUCAAUGGCUAAAGCCUAGAAUCCAGCACCAGCAAAAGUAACUACUAACCAAAGGUCCACAAGCCUUUGUGCAACGACAGCUUUGAUCCAGAGCUUCCUAGGGAAUAAUUUUACAACUGCUGCACCUUCCACCCAUUGGGUCAUUGGGUAUGACAAAGCCUGAUUGUGCGUUUUUCCUACACAAACUAUGUGGAGUUCAGUGUAUUUGUUUUCAACGUGUACAAGACUGAAUCAAUGCUAACCAGCAUCUAUCUGCACAUGUAACUUUAAUUGCUAUCUUUAAAAUUUUUAUUAAAUUAAAUUUUUCUAGUUGUGAAGUUGGUAGCAAAAUUUUAGUGUCUGUGAUGAACACAAAGUCUAGCAUCCUGAGAUUGUUUCAGUUUGGGUCCACAAGUCCUAGUUUGUUUGUUUGUUUGUUUUCCUACCUUCUGCUCCUCUCCCAAUAAAAUAAAACAUUUUACACUUUGCAUAUUUUGUACUGUAAAUCUUGGAAAAUAAACAAAUCCAAAAUA